AUGCAGUCCACGACACUGCUGAACGGGUUACAGAGAGAAAACUCUGCAAAGGACGCCUUAGUGCAUCAGGCGAAGAGAGAGACUGAAAAACUUAAGAAGGAACUACGUGAAAAGGAUUCAACAAUUUCCACCAUGUCGACAAAGGUUAGAUAUAAUACACGAAACUAAUGUUGCCUUAAUCUCAAAAAUAAUUUUAAUCGUAGCCUGCGAGGACAGCUGACCCUCAACACUCCCCCUUCGUUUUGAAGUUUCGAGAAACGGCCUCAACUACGUGGAAAAGCCACUAGCAAGCUCUCCAUUUCUGGAGCGAACGAAGCCAGCCUCGAGGGACUCGCGACUCCACCAAAUGGCCAUGGAGAGCUUGUUCGCAGGCUACGACGGGAAACGAUUACUUUUUCCGCGUUACACGUUCGGCUGUAUCGAGGUUUCCCAAUAGGGUUUUCGGGAUCCGGGAUUUGCGUUAUUUGAAUCUCGGGAACCGAGAUUUGCCUUAUUUGAAUCUCGGGAUUCGGGAUUUGCCUUAUUUGAGGGCCGGGAUUCGGAAUUUUAAAGCAAAAUGGGGCUGAGAUAUGCACGGGAUGCUAGUCUCCUCUCUCGUUUUAGUGUCGUCACACAACGCUCCUAGUGUAGGCAAAAUCCUUUCUCAAGUUAAACCUUAAAAGUUAAUGCAAAGAUCUGUGUAGCCUGCGUGGCAGGCGCUAUAUCCCCUACCCCUUUCGACGCCUGCUACGUAGGUUUUGAUAUGUGGUGAUUUGAGUUCGAAUAGACGCCUUUAAACUGCCAACAGCUGUCUAAUAUGAAACUUUAUAAAAAAAAGCAUGCGAGCAAGCUUUCCAUUUUGUGUGGCGAGCGAAACGAGCACGUGUGAAGCAGAGGAAAGUAAAGCCCUCGUUUCUUUCUUCAACCUACUCUCUCCUGUCUCCUGUCGUGUGUCGCUUGCAUGUGGCUUCAAACAAUGUAACUCGACUGAAAAGCUUGCUCGCAUGUAGAGUAACACAGAAGAGUCACUUGUACAAUCAGUCGACUACACAUUAGGGGGUUUCAGUAGAGGCGUUUCGAGCCACGCACGUCAAUCGGAAGUCAGGCCGUUUCCCUGUUAAUGUCCUGACGCCACCAGAUUUGUAUUGCUAAGUGUUUCAACUCGUAUAGAGACAAUUUGCCCUAAAAUUUGGGCGAGACCAUUGCUAAGGAGGCAAAAAUGUACAUUGCUGAAAAAUGUCUUUGUUUAAGUAACUUCUCUAUUGAACCGUUGGAGAAACAACGACGGUGACGGCUACCAAAAAAAUACUUAAAAAGUGAAUUCGCGCGGCUUUAAACUUUAUCGCGCUUUUUCCAUCUCGUUCAAUUCGUCAAAUGUUGGCAAAUUGUUUUAGAUUUGAAUUCUAAAAGACAGUAUCAAAGUUCAGAGAAAGACAAAGAAAGUCGUUUUCUGGUGCUCACCUCUUCCACAAAACGUGAAAUCAGGGCGUUUCGUCGUAGUCGUGCAGUGACGGUAAAAAAUGUACAAAAAAAGCGUGAUGCACGCGCAGAGUUGUUGUUUUGCAAAUCUAUUAAAACCAAUUGCUUUUUUGCCGGUCUGGUUGACGUCGCCGUCAUCGGUGUUUAAGCUGCCUUAUACAGUCAUGUAUGUCACCAUCAACGACAACGUUCUUGCUUUGCAAGCUUUCUUUCUCUUAUUUUCAGCUGGGAAGGCAGAAGGCCGCUAAAGAAGGGGAGAAAGAGACACAAAAAUUACAACAAGAGCUUUAUGCAACAAAAGGGGUAAGAAUUGAGUGAUCUGUUAUAAAGGUCUUCCCAUCUGAAUCAUUACCUUUUUUAUUUUAGAGUUCUAGGUUUAACACCUUGUAAUCGGUCUUAUAAUUAGUAAACAGUCAGUACAUAGGUACUGUUUCCAUCGUGUUUCAUUUUCCAUUAUUUGGAAUAAUGGUUAAGGAUGUACUAAAUAAUUAGUUAAUUUAACUAUCUUAACCAUUUUUCUAAGAGCCUGUUUACAUGGAGGUGGGGGACCCCAGGCAGGUGAGGUAACCCGCGUGUCCAUAUAAUCUUUCAUUUUAAUUCGAUCACGUUUACAUGAUGGGUGGGGUACCCGCCACAUGUUACCACACCUACCUGGGGUCCCCCACCUUCAUGUAAACAGGCCCUAAAUCAUGUGUUUCUCUUCACUGAAAUUGCGCCCGCAGUAACAUAUUAAAUUCACUUUUCAAACGCUACCAAGGACCUUUCAUUUGGUCAAAAGUCAGGAGUGAGCUCAGAAACUUGACAAGCCUCAAAGCAUUCAAGAAACACAUACGCGGUGUGGACCUUUCUAGCCAUAUAGAUAAUAAUAGUAACUGCUGUGACUUGUGUAAAUUCUGAGUCAUCUACAUUUGUAUAUAGUUUUAGGCUUUAGGUAAGAUCAUUAAUUUAAAAGUCAUGUAAUAGAUUAGUGCCAGUUCUUACGAAAGUGUCCCCAAUUAGCUAAUAUAACUGUUGAGCUAAAUACAUUGACAAUAAGAUAAAGUUAUUAUUAUUAUUGUUAUUAUUAUUAUUAUUAUUAUUGAACGCUUAAAACUUUUUAGUACAUAUUUUUUAGCACAUACAUAUACGCAACGGAGUGUUAGAGAUAUGUUAAGCCUAUAUUCAGAGAUUUAAAGGAUAAUUUGGUUGGCUAAAUUUCAUUGAAAUUGGUCAAAUAUUCGCAAAGUUAUGACGCUAUGAAGGAUUAAUUCAUAGGAAGCCUUGCAUAACUCUACUCGACAAUGUUUUUGUACAAAGUUACAUAUAAUAUGUAAAGCCAGGUCAAUUAAGUAUCCUUUGAGUAUCGUUAUUGUUAACACGUUUUACACGAAGGCUAUUGAUAAACCCACAUUCAUUUCGGUCCAGUUCAUUCUCGUAAGCCGCCAUUUUAUUUUCGUGCACAGUUAUUUUUAGGGAGUUAUUAUCACUCCAAAAAUGGAGUAAAAAUUUUACGUACAGGAUAACUCCUUUCUGGGGGUUACUUUAACUCCUGAGUACUAACUCCAAAUAUGGGGUGAUUUUUACUCCUGAAAAAGAGUUCUUUAAACUCCUUUUUGGAGUUAAAAUAACGCCGAAAAAAAAAACCUCCACUGUAAGGAAGUAAAUUAACCCCACUAGAGCAGUUAUGAUAACUCCUUGAAAAUUACUGUAUGCUCUUAAAACUUCCGCGGUGACUAUAUUACGCUUGCAAAUGCGUGCAGCGAGCGUGCAGCAGGAAGUUCGUUUACUUGUUUACUUAGUGUAAUGGAUUCGGCUUUUGAGCCUUUGUGUUGUUGAUACAUCUUCAUGUUUUGAAAACAAAACGAGACAAAUGUCCUUUCAGGAAUGUCAAUAAACUGAAUAGUUAUGUUUCCCUGUAGUUUCUUAGUUAAAACCAAAGAAGUCUGGAUUGUCCAAAAUUAAGUUUUAUCACAAAUUAAAUAUCCUUGUUUCUGUUAAUGCGCUUGUCUUUCGCAAAAUUUCUGUUUUUUUUUUUUCUCCCAUUCCGUUGUUUUUAAUAGGGUCAUAAUUCGUUCUAUAUUGUCUAAAUGUCUAGGUUUGUUCUGAUCUGAGCGGCUGACAGGUUUUCAGAGUCCAUUGAAGUUUAAUGAAUGUCAAGCCACUUUAAAAAAACAUGUAAAUUUUCUGCUCAGAGCCACGCAAUAUUUUAGGUUUAUCGGGAAAGUCACACUUUGAAUUUUGUUGCGGAAAGCAAAGCGUCCAAGUAUCCAUGAAAGCAGCUACUGGAAGAUGCUAAUACCAACAGUAAUCACAGUUUUACUUCGUUGUAGUUAUACAUGUAAUAAUUUCAAUGCAUGCUUGUAUUGCAAGCUUGUUAGCGCGGGUAAUUCCUUGUAACUAAUUGCUCGUUUACUUAAGUAGCUUUUUCUUUUUCUGCCGGUUUUACAUGCAUUAAGUUUAGCCGUAGGAUUAUUUGUAAACGGCUUGCAUAGGCAGUUCAUUGAGAUAGAUCAUUUGUGCAUCGUUACCCAAGCCUGUAUUCAAACAGAGUGUCUACUCUUGUCUUUUCCUGUGAAUGAGAGUACCAAUUAUGUUAUUUUACUUCUUUGAUUUCUUUUUUUGCCCUUUUCAGAAACGUCAAACCACAGAGAAGCAAUUGAAGGAAAGGAUUAAAACCAUCGCUGAUUAAGAACACGAGUAAGAGAAGAUGAGAGAUCAUCUCAGCGAAGGAAGACAGGUUAGUUGCCAUAGCAACCUAGACCUAAAUAUCCCGGAUGUUCUGCCUGAAACAGAGCCAGUCCGACCACAUUGCAGAAGGUCAUAAUAUUACCAGAUUUUGGAAUUCUCCAAACAGGUGUCGAACCUAUGACCUUCUGGUUAUUGCCUUUUUUAUAGGAAAUUAAGGCUUCACGAAUUCAAGUCGCGUUUAUUUCCUAAAACGUUAAUUUUCCCGCCGGUAAUAUGGAGCGUAGCCUCCUACGCGGGCGUUUUUAGGGAAGCUCGUAUUUCGUCCGUCCCCACAAACGCCUGCUCAAUCGAGAACAACAUUCCUUUCCCAAGCCUAGCCAAUCACAUUGUACUUUCCAAAGUCUGGAAGGUUGACUUCGACGGCAGGGUAACCCGAUAUUAGUCACUGUUAGUCGAUCUGCAUGAAACACUGGGAAAGUUUUAUGACCUCUAAUAAAUGUUGGACUCAGAGAGCGACAAAAGCAAGAUUUAGUCAGUUUUCUUUGUCCCUGGGAAAAGAAACCCCUUACAUUUUCCCUAAAUUCAACCCGUUAAUACGGGCACCCGUUAAUACGGACACUUAUUUCUUGCCCAGUCAACAGAUUCUCAUAAAAAGUCAACCUCGCUAAUGCCGAAACUUCAUUAUCAACUAUGUGCUGUAAUAAAUCUUUUCUUUUUGAAGGUAAAAAAAAUCCAUCAUCAGUUGACAGCAUGUCGAUGUUCCCAGCGCUACAGUACACCGGAUAGGGCGAUUUGUAGACAUCUAUUUUGGCAUCAAACGAGUUAUACAGAGAACGGUUUUGAUUAAGUAAUAUAUAGAUGAGCGAAUUUUGAGUGUUUUCGUCGAUUUAGUGUGCGGAAUUUUCUGAUUUGUGAUAGUUAGAGAUGUCUAAUUUCACUAUGCUAAUGUGCUAGUCCUAUAUUUUUUAAGAAUUUUGUUCUAAGAAAAGGUGUUUUUUGACUUAAAUAACAAAACCCGCUUAAUACGAACACUUUCUAUAGUCCUUUGAGUGUCCGUAUUUACUGGGUAUGACUGUAUGUCUCUUAUCGUUCGCCAUUCUAGUGCAGAGACUUGGGUUUGAAAAAGGGCAGGAAAAAUCAAAUAUUUUGGUCUGAAAUAUAUGUAAGGAAAGGGCUUUCCAGUUCCCUGCUUCUUGUAGCUUGCAAGUACGCAAUUUAGAACCGAAAUUUGGUACAAUCAAUACCCUAAUAUGACGUACAACAUUCCUAGCCAACGGUUAGAGGCAAAUUUUGGGAAUGAAAACCCCAGUAUUAACGUGCCCUUUCAUAAAGGUUACACUUCACACUCCCCCGGCACCUUGUUAUAUCAGGUUGCCAUUUUAUUUGGGUAUCGCGGGAAUCAGGUCACGUGCAAGCGAGCUACCAAAGCGAUUCUCAAAAUGGGAAUAGGUGGGGCUUACAGAAAUUACUUCAAAAUGGCUGUGUAUUUAUGUCCUUCUGUAGUUUGAUCGUUUCCGGCGGAAGUUGGUUGAACACACAUUCCGCGGCGAUGUUCAAAGAACAGUUGAUCAUGAACUGGAUGACGAUGAAU